CUGAUGUAGAGAACCACAGUCUUUCUGAUUUGACCUAGUCAAAAGUGCAACUCAUAACUGCUUGCACUUAAUCAGCUAAGUCUUUCAGGUGGCCAUUCAAAACUAAAAAUGUUCUUUUGGCAGUUCACUGAAGGCUGUAAACAGGAAUUAAUAGAUGAAAUGUUUUAUUUAAUUCUCUGUCAACAGUAUCUGGAGUUAAGGUAGCAUUUACAAAUAAUAAUACUUAGCUAUAAAUUCAUCAUUUCCAGAUUUUUAAAGGCUACCCUUAGACUUAGGAGACCUAUACUUCUGCACUAAGAUCUAUCUUGCACAAACAGUCAGUAGAUGCUUCUUCUCUUCGAAAAUUAACUUGAGCUACUUAGGAUGAAUAAAUAUAUCUGAUACUGCAUAGUAUGCUGCUAAAGAUUACACUGCAGGAGAGAAUUAACUGACUGACAGGAGUUAAAUUGCUUAUGUCUCAUGCACCUAUUUAAAAAUGUGCCCGAAAGCAUCCUCAUCGUCACAUGCAAUGUCACUUUCUAAGGAGUUAAAGUGUCUGGGGGAAGGAAGAGAUGAUCCAGGACAUCAGUCAACCUAAACAAAGCUUAAUCAUGCAUUGGCAAAAAGUUCGGCUUGUCUAAACUGAUCGCUUUCAGUGCACUGUCUGAAUCCCAACACUGAAGGAAAUGCACGUCCUCAUCUUUUCCUGGGUCUCCCUAGUUGACUGAUCCGUGCAAAAUCUUGAGUUGAACGAGUAUUGAAGCUAGACUGCAUGCAAGAAGACAGACAAAGGAGUUGGCUGGGUGGGAGGACAUAAAACACUAGCAAGUUUUCAGAUUGAAGUAGAGAUAGGAGCCUGUAUUGUUUAUAGAAAGCAUAAUGAGGAGCAUAAUCUAAGGCUUAAGAUCCUUAAGUCUUUUUCUGUCACUAAAGGACGAAGUAAAGAGCGUUUCCUGUUUAUGAUGAUUGCCGUCAGGCAAGGCAAGACCAUGGUCCCCUCCCUGCACAAAGAAGCACUCGCUAUACUUCACUGAGCGUAAUGCCUUCUGCUAUUCCUGAUGUUACUGCAUUUAAAAGCAUAAAUGAAGCAGCUGACUGGUUAAGCAGAGAAGUAGAUCUAAACUAAUGGAGACUAAACAAGUUUGUAAGCGAAUGGACUUGGUUUGCCAGCGAAUGUUAAAUCAGGGAUUUCUGAAAGUGGAAAGAUACCACAACUUGUGUCAAAAGCAAGUUAAAGCUCAGCUUCCAAGACGGGAGUCAGAAAGAAGAAAUCAUUCGUUAGCUCGUCAUGCAGACAUCCUUGCUGCUGUAGAAACACGACUCUCUCUGUUAAAUAUGACUUUCAUGAAGUAUGUGGAUUCCAAUCUCUGUUGCUUCAUACCUGGAAAGGUAAUCGAUGAAAUUUAUCGUGUGCUAAGGUAUGUAAACUCUACAAGAGCUCCUCAGAGAGCUCAUGAAGUUCUUCAAGAACUAAGGGACAUUUCUUCCAUGGCUAUGGAAUAUUUUGAUGAGAAGAUUGUUCCAAUACUGAAAAGAAAGCUGCCUGGGUCAGAUGUAUCAGGACGUCUCAUAGGAGCUGCCCCAGUUCCAGGGCCUUCUGCAGCACUAACAACAAUGCAGCUAUUCUCCAAGCAAAACCCUUCAAGACAGGAAGUCACCAAACUCCAGCAGCAAGUGAAAACAAAUGGUGCAGGUGUGACAAUGCUAAGGCGGGAAAUCUCAGAGCUUCGCACCAAAGUGCAGGAACAACAGAAACAGCUCCAAGACCAAGAUCAGAAACUGCUAGAGCAAACCCAAAUCAUAGGUGAACAGAAUGCCCGAUUGGCUGAGCUUGAACGCAAACUGCGAGAGGUGAUGGAGAGUGCAGUAGGAAAUUCCUCAGGUUCUGGCUCAAAUGAAGAAUCUCCUAGAAAACGGAGGAAGGCAGCUGAAUCUGUAGACUGUCCUAGGAAAUCUAAACGCCUUCGAAACAGAAAAUAACUUGGGAGUAAAUGACCUUCAGGAGGAUACACUGCUUUAGUAGCCCAAGCAGAUCCCUGCUUGUUUGGAUACUGUGACUAGUUUCAUGGUGUCACUGAGGCUGCUGGCUCUUCGAAACACCACUUAGACUUGAACAGUAAUUUUCUUUCAUUGAGACUUUUCCCCUGCUUUCUGUCUGGGUGGGCCUAAUUCACAGGAUCUUUAAGAUUUGCAAUAGAUACAUACUAACCUGACCUGCUCUAUCAUGUUUUGAAAGGUUCAUCUUUUUUUUCUGUGCGGAUGUGUUUAAAGUAAACGUAUUUGUGUUUAUGCAUAUAUUCACAUAAAAUCUUAAAUAGAUCCAGUCUUAACUGGCUAGAAAGUUAAGCUUACAAACACAUGUCCUGUUCACUUGAAGAAAAGACCCACUUUUUAAAUCUUGUUUUCGAGAACUUGACCUUUUUUUGUUACAAGUGACCUUGUCUGGAAUGUCUGAAAAGUAGUUAAUACUUUUUUGGGAUCUAUGUAAUGAGUAAAACUGACUUCUUAACCUAUGGUAUUGGCUAUAUAUUUUUGUAAACCUACAAGGAAGGGCCUUCUGUUCAGUCUUUACGUGCACACACCCUAGUUCUAGGUCUUGGGAGCCAUAUUCUACAUUUGCAUGGAUAGGUGCAUGUACUGCUUAGUCAGCCUGCUAAAAGCACUUGCCUGAAGUUGUUCUCAACUCUGGAAGAGACGUAGAGACCUAUAAAGCAAAUCUUUGUUCCUCAGCCAUAAUUUAGCAUCUGCUUUCAGCACAACUGCUUUCUUACAAUGAGGUGGUCUUACAAAGCUAGUUGGCAGGAGAGUUUGAAGCCAGGCUAUCUGCCACUUUCACUGCCUGUAAAUUGCAGGUACUGUUAGCCAAAGCUUGAGCGUUGAGAAGCUGCCUAUGCAUCACCUUGAUUCAUAGGCCAACAUCAAUAAGUAUUAGACAAACUGUCCCUAACAGUAACCAAGCUCAGUGGGACACCGUUUGAAUGAACCGCUGCAUUAUGGAAAAACUUAAACUAUUUUGUGUGUAUGUGUUUGGGGGGAGGGGGGAAUGUGUGGAGAUUUCUCUGUAAUACUGAUGACAAUAUUCUAGCUUUCCUUAUCCUAAAAGGUAAAUCACUUCAGACAAAGCUUUAAUUUCUUUUGCACUUCUGUUUUGAGCUUGUAACUGGAAAAGCAUGUCUUGCACUGUUCAGUCUCUCUGGUCACUUUAACAACUUCGGAGUUGUGUACAGUGAUUUUUUUUUUCCCCCCGUCUGUAUAUUUUUGGAACCUUAUACAAAUACCAUUGUCCUUGUUUUUGUUUUAAUGUACUAAACUAUGUAGCUUUAUCAUUUGA